CAGUUUUUGUUAUUAAGUAUUUAAAGGUUAUUACCCACGUGUUUGUGACAAUCUUUCGAGAUUUAUAAUACAUUUGAAUUAUUAAUGAUAAUUAAUAAAUUUAUUGACAAUGGAUGCUUUUGAUUUAUUCAAAAAAUUGUCAGCUGGCACUAAAUUUGAUAAAAAACGUUUCCGUUCAGAUGUUGAAAAAUUCCAAAAUGUCUCGAAAGUGGCGAAAAAUGAAGAAAAAAUAAUAAAAAUUGAGCCAGUUGAUCCAGUGCCUUCAGUUAAACGAAAACAUGAUCAAGUUUCAGAUGAUGAAGAAAUUUAUCAAAUACCGAGAAAUGAAUUUCAGGAAAAUGAAAAUACUCUGGUUUUAUUGAAUGGUAUGUCUGUACCAGUCGAUGGAACUAAAGUUAAAAAGAAUAAGAAACAAAAAGUGUCGACUGAAGAACAAAAAAUUAAAUUAGAAAAAGAAAGGAUAAAUCAUUUUAGAAAUAAAAAUCGUAUAUCUGUAAUUGGCAGACAUGUUCCAAAGCCAAUAGAGUCUUUUGAUGAGCUUGAAGCAGCCUACGAUAUUCCUCAAGAUCUUUUAAAAAAUAUAAAAGAAUGUAAUUACUCUUCUCCAACGCCGAUUCAAAUGCAAGCAUUACCAAUAAUGCUUGAGAAAAGACAAUUACUAGCGUGCGCUCCAACUGGUUCUGGUAAAACAGCUGCAUUUUUACUUCCAAUAAUCCAUCAUCUGAAAGGUCCAGCAAAAAAAGGUUUCCGAGCGGUCAUUUUGAAUCCAACAAGAGAAUUAGCAAAGCAAACUUAUAGAGAAUGUAUGCGAUUAAGUGAAGGUCGAGGUUUCCGAAUUCACAUUAUCAGUAAAUUGGAGCAAGCGUUAGAUAAAUAUGGACCUAAAAGUUCGCAAAAAUUUGACAUUCUCAUCACGACACCCAAGAGAUUGUUGUGUUUAAUAAAUCACGAGCCACCAGCGAUUUCUUUAAAAAAUGUCGAGUGGUUGGUCAUCGACGAAGCAGACAAAUUAUUUGAAGCUGGGACUCGGGGUUUCCGUAGUCAAUUGAAACAGAUAUCAACAGCUUGCAGUAAUGAAAAACUCCGCACUGCCAUGUUUAGUGCAACCAACACACCAAUUGUUAAUAAAUGGUGUAACCGUAACUUAAAAGGUUUUAUUGGUGUCACUAUUGGACACAGAAAUGCUGCGACUGAUCUUGUGGAUCAAGAACUUUUAUUCGUUGGAAGUGAGAGAGGAAAACUCGUUGCAUUCAGAAAUAUUAUUAGCAAAGGAAUGGCUCCGCCUGUUCUAGUCUUUGUUCAGAGUAAAGAGAGAGCCCAAGAAUUGUUCAGUGAACUCAUUUAUGACGGAAUUAAUGUUGAUGUUAUCCAUGCAGACAGAACACAAACACAAAGGGACAAUGUUGUGAGAUGCUUUAGGGAAGGAAAAAUAUGGGUACUUAUUUGUACCGAGCUUAUGAGUCGUGGUAUUGAUUUCAAAGGAGUCAAUCUUGUUAUCAAUUAUGACUUUCCGCCGUCAGCUAUUUCUUAUGUUCAUCGAAUCGGUAGAACAGGACGUGCGGGACAUAAAGGAAAAGCUAUUACGUUUUUUACUGAAUCAGAUACUACUAAUUUGCGAAGUAUUGCAGUAGUUAUGCGCGCAUCUGGAUGUGAAGUUCCGGAUUAUAUGUUCAGUAUGAAAAAACACGACAAACGUGAGAGAAAAAAAUUAGAACGCGUGGCACCAAAACGCGAUUCAAUAUCAACAUCACUUAAGAAACGGAGAAAACAAAAAAAAAUCACAAGUGAACAGACUCAAAAACCCUCCGAUUCAAAAAAGUUACAAAAAAGUAAAGAGACUGAUAAAAGUGAUAAAGAAAUAACUAAUAAAAAACAAAGCGCAGUUAACGGUAAGGAAAAAAAUAAUAAGUUUUCAAAAACUUUGAAAAAAAAAAAAGUAACAAGUCCACAAAAAAAAAAUUGUGAAACUUCACCGAAGAAAUUGAAGAAAAAACAAAAAUCUGUUGAAAAAGUAUAGUAAUUAUAAUUUAAUAUAUAUAAUUAAUUUUAUACAAAUGUAUAUGAUUUUGUAAAAAUAAUUGAUAUUGAUUAAAAAUUUGAUACAUUAAU